AUUUAUUGGGAACAUAUUAUGAUUCGAAUAUUCUUAAUAAGACAUGGUUAAUCUUUGUAUUAAAGCUUAAAAAUUGUAUCUGGAAUGAAUGAAUAUGGGCUUAGUGGACUUGGUAAGGUACAAUCUAAAAAUAUUGGCAAAAAAUUAUCAGCAAUUAGAUUUGAUUAUGUCUAUUCGAGUGAUUUUAAAAGGUAAAUAAUAUCGAAAUUUUAGGUGUAUAGAAUCCUAUGAGAUCAUAGAAAAGGAACUUAAGCAUUAACCAAAUUAGGUGAUCUAUACACCAAUUUUAAGAGAAAGGGAUCCUGGAAAUGAUCUUCUUAAAUCUUAUACAGAAGUCUAUCCUCUUUAAACUUAACCAAUUGUAGACAAAUAAAGCAAUGCAGAAACAUCAGAAUAAAUAUAACUUAGAGCAAAAAGUUUCUUUAAUUAAUUGAUCACACAAUAAUUAUAUUAACAACCCUUUUAAAAUGUAAUUAAUUAUUUAGCACAAAUAGUUAUAACUUGAUUUAUAAAAUUAAAUGAUUCUCACUUCACCUAUUUAUGAAUCACAUUGCUCAUCUUCUGCCAUCAGAUCUUAUGUUUAAACAGCUUAACAAUUCAGUUCUUUGCAGAAAUCAAAUAGUUCUACUAAUAUUAUGGCUAUAAGUCAUGCUGGAUUUAUCACAGAGGCUAUCUAAUAUUUGUAUAAACAUCAAAAUAUUAAAUAUACUGAUGGUUUACAACCUGCUAUUUACGCAAGAAAUGGAGCAUUGUUCUUACUGGAAAUUUAGGCCUAGACCUAAGAUGACUGGAAAUGCAAUGUUUAUUUAAGAAAUUAUAGUAAAAAUAUGAAUGCCCCAUUUGAAUCAAUUGUUUGAAAUAAUAUAUCUGUAAAUAUUUUAGUUG